AUGUCUGUACGAUCCACGGACUCGCCUCGAGCACUCAUGGCCAACAAGCACGACGACACGCCCAAGUCGGGCAGCCUGCACAAUGUUGCUGACGCCGAGGGCAGCGACAACAUUGUUGUCGGCCAGAUCGCCGAGGCCCGUGAGGCCAAGCGCCAGAUUGGCAUCCCCACUGCCGUGUUCCUCAUUGUGAACCGCAUCAUCGGCACGGGCAUCUUCGCAACUCCAGGCACGAUUCUUGCUCUGUCUGGCAGCGUGGGCCUGUCCAUGAUCAUCUGGGUCGUCGGCCUGAUCAUCGCGGUUGCAGGCACGCUCGUCUAUGUCGAAUGGGGCACCGGCAUCCCCAAGAACGGCGGCGAAAAGAACUACCUCGAGUUCGUCUACACCAAGCCGCGCUUCCUCGUUACUGGCCUGUACGCCGGCUACGUCAUCCUCCUCGGCUGGGCGUCAGGCAAUAGCGUCGUCUUUGGCGAGUACAUUCUGCACGCCGCCAACGUCACGGUGGACCGCUGGAACCAGCGUGCCAUCGGCGUGGCCUGCCUGACCUUCUGCUUCCUCCUGCACGGCACCGCCCUGAAAUGGGGUCUGCGCCUGCAGAACGUGCUCGGCUCUCUCAAGCUCAUCAUCGUCGUCAUCAUGAUCAUCGGCGGCUGGGUCGCACUGGGCGGCCACGUCAAGCUCGACACCAAGCCCGACAACUUCACCAACGCCUUCGAAGGCACCGAGAACGCAACCGCGUACGGCGUCGUGACCUCCCUGUACUACGUCAUCUGGUCGUUCAUCGGGUACUCGAACGCAAACUACGCGCUCAGCGAGACGCGCAACCCGGUCCGCACUCUCAAGAUCGCCGCGCCUCUUGCCGUCACCGUCAUCGGCGUGCUGUACAUCCUCGUCAACGUCUCGUACUUUGCCGCCGUGCCCAAGGAGGAGAUGCUCGCGGCGAAGCGCCUCGUCGCGGCCUCCCUGUUCCGCAACGUCUUUGGCGAGACGGCCGAGCGCGCCUUGUCCGUCUUUGUCGCGCUGUCCGCCCUGGGCAACGUGUUGAGCGUCAUCUUCUCGCAGGGCAGACUGGUGCAGGAGCUCGGCCGCGAGGGCAUCCUGCCCUUCUCCCGCUUCUGGGCCAGCAACCGUCCCUUCAACGCCCCGCUGACCGGCCUGGGCUGGCACUGGCUGAUCUGCAUCAUUACUGUGCUUGCACCGCCCCCUGGUGAUGCAUAUAACUUUAUUUCCAACCUCAUCUCUUACCCCCUCGCCAUCGUCAACACCUUCACCGCCGCCGGUCUCGUACACCUAUACCUCAAUCGCGCCGCGUGGAAGUGGAACCCGCCAUUCAGCGCCACCCUGCCCGUGGUGGUCUUCUUCAUGCUGUCCAACAUCUACCUCGUCAUCGCGCCCUUUGUCCCGCCCGAGGAGGACGGCAGCGUGUACGAGGAGCUCCCCUACUGGAUCCACUGCGUCGUCGGCUUCGGCAUCAUCUUCGCCGGCGGCGUGUACUGGCUGAUCUGGGCGGUGGUGCUGCCCAAGCUGGGUGGAUACAGGCUCGAGCGGGAGGUUGUCGUGGACGACAUUGACGGGUGGGAGAGGAACCUCUUUAUCAAGAGGGCAGAUUAG